UACACAAAUCCUUCCAGACGCUCGAAGUGAAUUUUUCUCGCGAGAUCUUGGGUUUCUAACCUCAACAGCCGUCCCCACCGUAGUGCAGGCCUUAAGCCGUGCCAUAUUAGACUGUGUCCUCGUCAUCGUGCAGACUCACUGGAGCUUUUAGGCUGUGCAGAAGACCACCGGACCUUUCCUUGCGCCGUCGCCGCAUCCUACCGCACCAUCGGACUCGGUCACUCUCUCAGCCCAGUGCUUUGACUGGUCAACUGGUUAGAAAGUCUUGUCUCGAAACUACUUUCGAGGCAGACUUUCCGACCGUUUAUUAUCUCCAUCGUCGCAUUGCUUCCUUUCUCGUUCUCUUCUUUGGACCGGGCUUUCCUUAUACCAAAAGAUAUGGAUUAUACCGGUACCAGCAGCCGUGAGGCCGAGCACCUCUGUGUUCUAGUCCAUGGAUUAUGGGGCAACCCUGCGCAUAUGGAGGUCGUGGCCAAAUCCUUACGUGCUAAGCAUCCCGAGCAGUCUCUGCAUAUUCUGGUCGCGAAACGCAACAGUGGCAGUUUUACCUACGAUGGUGUCGAACGUGGUGGCGAGAGAGUCUGCCAGGAGAUUGAGGAGGAGAUAGAGAAGUUGGCGGCAGCAGGACAAGAGAUCAAAAGAAUGUCCAUGGUCGGAUACUCUCUGGGUGGUCUGGUGGCUCGUUAUGCUGUUGGUCUGCUGGAUAGCAAAGGAUUCUUCGAUAAGAUUAAGCCAGUAAAUUUCACUACCUUUGCGACCCCUCAUCUCGGCGUACGAACCCCACUUCGUGGUUGGCAUAAUCAUGUUUGGAAUGUUUUAGGAGCUCGGACAUUAUCUGCUUCAGGUCGUCAACUCUUCACGAUAGACAACUUCCGAGAUACAGGCAAACCAUUGCUAGAAGUACUCGGAGACCAAGAGUCAAUUUUCAUCAAGGGACUCUUACGUCUCCUACUGGAGCUUCAAGGAUGCCUUGCCAAAUUUGAACGCAGAACACUCUACACAAACAUUAUCAACGAUAGAAGUGCCGUAUACUACACGACUGGCAUCUCCAAAACCGAUCCAUUCACAGAUCUAGACAAGCUUAAGCUGAAUUACCUCAAAGGCUACGAGGAUGUCAUUCUGGAUCCAGCAUCUCCGGUCGCUUCGACUCAACCUGAACAGCCAGACGAAACUUAUUAUGGCACUCUGAUUCGCAACUCCCAGACGACCAUUGGACGCUUACCUUUCCUCAUAGCCAUGGUGUUCUUCAUCCCAUUUGGCGUCGUUGCCUUUCUGAUCAACUCAGGCGUUCAAUCCCUGCGCUCGAACAGACGUAUUCGUCUCCAUGAGUCUGGGCUGGCAGGCAUUCAACCAGGCAAUUAUCGUGUUCCACUUUUGAUCACUGGCAUGCGUGAAGCAGUCGAAGACGUUUACGAGAACCUAAACUCAGCACAAAGUAACGAGUAUCUCGUUGCAGGCACCGAAGAAGAGGCUGCAUCUGAGCCCGCUUCACCUGUUCUCGAGCGACCUCAAUCUUCACAUGCUAUAUCGAAGCUAAGUCUCGACAGUGAUGAGAAGCCAACUCAGACUCAUGAUGCACCAACCUUGGCAUUGGCUCCUUACCAGUUCCGCAUGAUCCAAGCUCUGGAUAGUGUAGGCUGGAGAAAGUACCCAGUGUAUAUCCACAAGGUUAGGCAUAGUCAUGCUGCGAUCAUUGUACGAGUUGACAAGCCGAAUUUCGACGAGGGCAGAGUCGUCUUGAAGCAUUGGCUGGAAGAGGAAUUCAUUGCUUGAUUACCUUCCGCCUCCCUAAGUUGCGAUACUUCGCUGGCACGGGUUGGAUCUAGUGGCGUUGAUGGAGGAGGACAUAAUGACGAGAUCAGAAGACGAUGAGUAGAACUUGUUUUUCCUAUUUCAUAGCUCACUUUAGCAUCAAGCGUGCAUCUCCAGAACCUUUUGCUAGCGAGGCGUUUUUAGACGAUUGUUGCUUGUUUCCUUUCUCGUUAGACGAGCUGUGUACUAUAGCAGUAGCAAUAGUUUACAAAUUGACAUUUCAUGAAUAAUUUGCU